AUGUGUUUAGAGUAUGGUUGUCGAGCUAAAGGUGGACAUCAAAACCACCACCAUUUUCUUCUUAUUCUUGCUGUUGCGGUUGCUGCUCUUCAUCGUGUUUGUACUGUCGUUGCCCUUGCGGCUAGUGUUCUGGUGGUGUGGGUGCUUCGUGGUUCAAGAUGCCACCUUUGUCCCGCUAGUCUUCUCCUCUGUUAUGUUCUUGCUUUCCUUUACUUUAGAGACAGAUUCCAUGAGUACAGUGAGAAGGAAGAAAGGACCAUACAUAGAUACCACUACAACCUCAAAGCUUGUGAAGCUAGUAGUGAACGUCUCGGCGUAGAUACCAUCGAUUUGUGCUAUCUGCAUCGUCCAGAGCCCAACACUCCCAUCGAAGAGACGAUGGAGGUAUUGGUAGAGUUGAGGAACGAAGGCAAAAUCCGAUACAACGGCCUAUCGGAAGGUGUUGUCGAUGAGCGUAGUGUGGAGAGAAUGCAUCGCGCCCACAAGGUCCAUCCUAUCGCCGCUUACCAAGUCGAAUUUAAGCCUUGGACACUGGAUAUUGAGACAAAUGAUAUGCUCAAAACUGCAAGAGAGCUUGAAAUCUCCAUUGUUACUUAUCGUAGAAGAUACCCUUGUUUCUCUCCUGAAAACUUUUCAAGAAUGUUAAACUUGUUGAGAAAAUUAGAGUCCUCGCCGACAAAAAAGGUGUCAGUACAGGUACUGGCGCAUAAAAAUGAUUUUAUCGCUAUCCCCGGAACGAAACGCAUUAAGUACCUCGAGCAGAACGCCAAUGGUGGCAAAAUACAACUUUCUGAAGGCGAAGUGAAGGAAAUCCACAGAGUAGUUGAUGCUGCCACUCCGCCAAAAUAG